AAAAUACUCUUUUUACAAAACCAUUGAAUUUCAGUGACAAAUAGAUUGAGUUUUGAGGGUUCUGUUGAGCUUUGUAUUUGUAGAAACCAAAACAUAUUUUACUUUGACCCAUGAGGAACUUCAGUCUCCUUUGGACUUCAAGAUGAAGAACCUUUCAAUAAUAGUCUCACACAUGUAUCUUACAUGUAAUUAUGUUUCAGAUGUCAAUAAGCGCUAUAUUGGAUAUUGAAUAGACUGCAUCCAGAACUGUUUGGUUGAAAUCAUUAACAGUGGGUUUUUUUGUUUUUUUUUUUCUCCUCAGCUUUCAGGUAAAGUGUAUUAAAGGCAACAAUGGAACGAUUUGGAGUGAAGUCUGCUCCAUCGCGUAACCGCUCGAAGACUGCUUUGUAUGUGACUCCUCAGGAUCGUGUAACCGAGUUUGGCAGUGAGCUGCACGAAGAUGGAGGAAAACUCUUCUGUACUUCCUGCAACGUGGUUCUGAAUCACGUUCGCAAGUCUGCCAUCAACGACCACCUCAAGUCUAAAACGCACACAAAGCGGAAGGCAGAGUUUGAAGAACAGAACGUCAGGAAGAAGCAAAGGACUCUGACUGCCUCCCUUCAGUGCAACAGUACUGCCCAGACAGAGAAAACCAGCGUCAUCCAGGACUUUGUGAAAAUGUGCCUGGAAGCUAAUAUUCCACUUGAGAAGGCUGAUCAUCCAUCUGUACGAGCCUUCCUGUCCCGCUACGUCAAGAACGGCAGUUCGAUACCUAAGUCAGACCAGCUAAGGAAAGCAUACCUGCCUGACGGGUAUGACAAUGAGAACCAACUCAUCAAUACCGAAGACCGUUGAGAAGAAAACUGUUUUCAUCAUCGUUGUGAAGUUUUACAUAUUGAUGGUGUGGUUUAUUUUUAUAUUCAUGCAUAUAUACAGUGUUACAUAUUGGUUUUACAAGCUAUUUUGUAUUAUUGUAGAAAUGACAAUCUAUUUGUGAACUUAGUGGUAUGCCACAGACUGUUGCUAACCCUGCUGUAGACGUCACAGCUACAUUGAUGUAGAACUCGUGAUGAAUGUAGGGAACAUACCCGGCAUACACCUUACUUUACCCAUGUUCAGUCCAGCCGUAACUGACGCUAAGAAAAAGGCACUUGGAUGGAGGACCUCACUUACCUAAACUGUGCAUCUAAAUAUACGAGGAAGAUGAUGCAAUAGGGAUUGUUAAUCAUGUCAGUGGAUUGCUUUGUCCGGUAUCCUGUCCAUGAGUGACCAAGAAGAAGUGCUGCACGUUUGAAAUGCAAGAAGCUGUACAAUGGUUAGUUAAAAUGUAACUGCUCUGUUGGGGGAGGAUUAUUGCAAAUUCCUAUUCAAGUUUGGUUUACGUUCAUAAAACGGGAAACAUUUUUCUUCUAGAAUACUCUCCUACCCUAUUUGGUGCAACUGUGGGUGUAUUCAUUAUCUAGCUUAAAUAGCUGGUCUCUCGUAUUGACCUCAACUCCACUAUUCUCAUAAAGCUAGGGGUUCUGCAGGUUUACCAUGCCUGUUUUUUUUUUUAAAAAAAAUCUGUUUCAUUGUCUCGGUUUAACAUGUCCCCUUCAGUUUCAGUGCCAAUCUUUGAAAAUUGAGUAGACAAACCGGUAACUGAGUGUGGUUUCAGUGCAGCUGCUGGCAAGUGAAACUUAUACUGGACCAAGAUCUUAGUACAGAGGAUUAACACCUUUUUCCUACUAGCAGGAAAAAGGAUGCUAAAUCUAAAUUGUGGGAGGGACUAAAUUUUGGAGUUGAGAAAGCUUUUUUACAGUGCACAGGAGAAGGGACUCCUCCAUCUUUCAUUGAAGGUCUUCUACAUCUCUGGCCUCGUCCUCAGCCUUUUAGUUAACGGAGGUAAAGUGAUUAAAAUAGUUUUCAAAAUAGUUACUGCAAAGGGUCUUCAAAACCUGUAAGCGCAAAUAGGAAGGUGUAUGUACUUUGAAGCUCUGCUGGUAUUACAGACCUAGGCUGUUUUUCUUACCCUGUGCUAAGGCCACAUCUAUUGGACUGGCAAAAAGUAAAAUGGGAAAUUGAAGAAUGUCAAUAAUGUUACUCUCUCCGAAACCUAGUAAACUAUUACUGAGCUAUUCCAAAUUGUUAUGCCAAACAGUCCACUCAAUUAAGUGCUCUAUAAAGUUUUUGAAUAGAAUGAGGGAGCGUUGUGCAAAGUGCUGGAAUAUGACCACCACCUGCCGGCUCUAGCUUUCCUGGAGAUGCUCUGGGUGCAGGGAGGUGCUGAGCAUCUUCUAGCAGCUCGGAAGUCCGCCACUCAGUGGACACGAGGGUGUCAGCAUGCUUUAACUCCCUCAGGUGGAGCCAGUCCUUCUCUUCAGCUUCCCGUCUCCGGUACAGUUUCACAGUAUCUCAGUAUUUCUUUUGUUCCAGAUAUUUACAGCAAUACUAAGUAAUUGCUAAAAAGAGACAAGAUAACCUGCUUAUUUUGUUUCUGUAGCUACUUCCCUAGCUAUUUCCAGAGCAGUCUCUUUUGCUGGACUGAGAGAGACCUACUUAGUAACAACUGGGUUUUGUGCAAUUAGCCUCCACAGAAAUUGCACUGUUGUUACAUUAUAACCAUGUCUUCUAGCAUUCUGCUACGAGACCUGUUUGAGUAAGUGAGCAAAACUAAAAAGCAGAAGGCUGCCGUCACUGUGUACCAGCACACGGGUACUCAGUGCACCGUUGCACCUUUGGUCCCUCUUGCAGCCAGUGGGACUCCAUGCAGCCAUAGCAAUCCUGUCAAUGAUACUGGUUGCUGGUUUAGAACUUCAGACAAAAAUAACAGUAGUAAUUUCUUUCUCUAAUCCUAGAUACCAAAACAUGCCUUCCAAAAUCUCGUUUGCUAUUGCACAAGCUUGGGUUUAGCUUAAGAUCAUGAACUGCCUUGGGCUAGAACUGUUGUAUAAAUCUUCUUAAGCCACGUGAAAGGUACACUGCCAAUAGCCUUUUCUGUCCUGACAGUAAUUGAAAGUAUUCUUUUACAGCUGCUGUUUCAUUACAGUGAAACAACAUCCUUGCUUUAAUUUAAUUCUUUUUUUUUUUUUUUUUACCUUAGGAAUGCUAUCUUAGAAUUGAAACAAAUAGAAAACAAUCGAGUUCUGAGAAAACAGGCUUCCAUUAAACAAAAGCAUCUAGAGAAGACUGUAUGAUUAGAAGAAUUACUGCAGAGGGUAUGAGCCUGGUGAGGAACCUUACCAGUGUAGCCAUAGGCUACCAACUGAUAACAACUUGGAAGCAAAAAUUGGUCAUGAGGAUUUUGAAUGGAACUGACUUAAUUCCAAUGCCCAGCAGUUUAUAGGACACUGGUGUCUUAAUAAUAUGAUAUUUUUGUUAAAAAAAAAAAAGCCACAACAUUUUUUCAAGCUUUUU